AUGGCUGCCGCCAAGCUUCCCGAGGUCGAUCUUGCAACCCGCAUGCAAGUCGAUGACUCCGUCGUCGGAACUACAGAUAUCGACGAGUCUCUAUACAGCCGACAGCUCUAUGUCUUAGGACACGAGGCCAUGCGCCGCAUGGGCGCCUCCAACGUCCUCGUCGUUGGUCUCAAGGGUCUCGGUGUCGAGAUUGCCAAGAACAUUGCCUUGGCCGGUGUCAAGAGCUUGACCGUCUACGACCCUGCCCCGGUCCAGAUUGCCGAUCUCUCAGCCCAGUUCUUCUUGACCCCCAAGGAUGUUGGCAAGCCCAGAGAUGAAGUGACGGCCCCGCGUGUCGCAGAGCUCAACGCUUAUACCCCCGUCAAGGUUCACCAGUCUCCCAGCAUCGAGGACAACUUCGCCCAAUUCGACAAGUAUCAGGUUGUGGUGCUGACCAAUGCGCCCAUCUCGACACAAAAGGCCGUAGGCGACUACUGCCACUCCAAGGGCAUCUACGUUGUCAUCGUCGACACAUUCGGCCUGUUCGGCUCCAUCUUCUGUGAUUUUGGCGAUAAGUUUACCAUUAUCGAUCAGAACGGCGAGGCCGCUUUGAGCGGUAUCGUUGCUGGCAUCGACGAAGAGGGUCUGGUGUCGGCACUCGAUGAGACUCGUCACGGUUUAGAAGAUGGCGACUACGUCACAUUUUCCGAGGUUGAGGGCAUGGAAGCGUUGAACGGAUGCGAGCCGCGUAAGAUUACGGUCAAGGGUCCGUACACCUUCUCCAUUGGCGAUGUGUCAGGCCUCGGACAGUACCAGCGUGGAGGAACUUACCAGCAGGUAAAGAUGCCCAAGGUCGUCGAUUUCAAGAGCUUCACAGCCGCCCUCAAGGAGCCAGAGUUCCUUAUUUCCGACUACGCCAAGUUCGACCGACCCCAGCAGCUUCAUCUUGGAUUCCAGGCCCUCCAUGCAUUCCAAGUCGCCAAUGGACGACUCCCCAACCCCAUGGACGAGAAAGACGCCAUUGUCGUUCUCGAGGCCGCCAAGACGUUUGCUGCCGAUGAGAAACUCGAGAUCGAUAUUGACGAGAAGCUCUUGAAAGAGUUGAGUUUCCAGGCUCUUGGUGACCUCAGCCCCAUGGCAGCACUCUUUGGCGGUAUCGCUGCUCAGGAGGUUCUCAAGGCUGUGUCCGGCAAGUUCAACCCCAUCCAACAAUGGAUGUACUUUGAUUCGCUCGAGUCUCUCCCUACUUCUACCAAGCGAAGCCCCGAGCUGUGCAAGCCCAUCGGUAGCCGUUAUGAUGGGCAGAUUGCUGUCUUUGGAACCGAGUAUCAGGACAAGAUUGCCAAUCUCAAGCAAUUCCUCGUUGGCGCCGGUGCUAUUGGUUGUGAGAUGCUAAAGAACUGGGCCAUGAUUGGCUUGGGCACAGGACCCAAGGGCAAGAUUUACGUUACCGACAUGGACUCCAUCGAAAAGAGCAACCUCAACCGACAGUUCCUUUUCCGAGCCGCUGAUGUCGGCAGCAUGAAGAGCGACUGCGCUGCCAGGGCCGUGCAGCGAAUGAACCCAGAGCUGGAAGGCCACAUUGAGUCUUUGCGAGAGCGCGUUAGUCCCGAGACCGAGCAUGUCUUCAAUGAGGAGUUCUGGCGUAGCCUGGAUGGAGUCACCAACGCUCUGGACAAUGUCGAAGCGAGAACCUACGUUGACCGAAGAUGCGUCUUCUUCCGAAAGCCGCUGCUCGAGAGCGGAACUCUGGGCACCAAGGGCAACACCCAAGUUGUCCUGCCCCACUUGACAGAGUCUUACUCUUCUUCCCAAGAUCCCCCCGAGAAGGAGUUCCCCAUGUGCACGAUCCGAAGCUUUCCCAACAAGAUUGACCAUACCAUUGCCUGGGCCAAGGAGUACAUGUUUGAGAAGUGCUUUGUCAAAGCUCCCCAGACUGUGAACCUUUACCUGACUCAGCCCAACUUCAUUGAGGCCACUCUGAAGCAAGGCGGCAACCAGAAGGAAACCCUGGAAACGAUCCGCAACUACCUUACCACCGAGCGGCCCCGGACCUUUGAGGACUGCAUUGCCUGGGCUCGUCUCCUCUUCGAGACGGAGUUUGCAAACAAGGUCCAGCAGCUCUUGUACAACUUCCCCAAGGACUCGGUGACCUCUGGUGGCACUCCCUUCUGGUCUGGCCCGAAGAGAGCUCCAGAUGCUCUCAAGUUCGACCCCAACAACGCGACUCACUUUGGAUUUAUCGUGGCUGCCGCGAACCUUCAUGCAUUCAACUUUAACAUCAAGUCGCCUGGCACCGACAAGUCCAUUUACUUGAAGGAGCUGGAGAAUGUCAUUGUGCCUGACUUCACCCCUGACUCAAACGUCAAGAUCCAGGCCGAUGACAAGGAACCCGAUCCCAACGCCAGCAGCUUUGAUGACACGGAUGAGCUCACAAACCUCUCUGCCAGCCUCCCGUCGGCAAGCACUCUUGCGGGCUUCCAGCUGCAGCCUGUCGAGUUCGAAAAGGACGACGACACCAACCACCACAUUGACUUCAUCACUGCCUGUAGCAACCUGAGGGCCGAGAACUACAAGAUCGAGCCUGCCGACAGACACAAGACCAAGUUUAUCGCGGGCAAGAUCAUCCCCGCCAUCGCCACGACAACGGCCCUCGUUACGGGCUUGGUUGUCCUUGAGCUCUACAAGAUCGUAGACGGCAAGGAUGACAUCGAGCAGUACAAGAACGGCUUCAUCAACCUGGCUCUGCCAUUCUUUGGAUUCGGCGAGCCCAUUGCUAGUCCCAAGGUUGAAUACAAGGGCCCUGAUGGCAAGGUCAAGCUGGACAAGAUUUGGGACCGGUUCGAGGUCGAAAACAUUACGCUCAAGGAGCUUCUCGACUACUUUGAGAAGAAGGGUCUCAGCAUCAGCAUGCUCAGCUCUGGCGUCAGCCUGCUGUAUGCAAGCUUCUUCCCGCCGUCCAAGCUCAAGGACCGCUACGCACUCAAGCUCAGCGAGCUGGUAGAGACCAUUUCCAAGAAGCCCAUUCCUUCUCACCAGAAGGAGCUGAUCUUUGAGAUGGUGGCUGAAGAUUUGGACGAAGAGGACGUGGAGGUUCCGUACAUUAAGGCUUCCAACGAGGGCAAAAUCACCGACUGGGUCAAGCCCGGCGACAAAUCCGGCGAGUUCAAGCGUCAAGUCAGCUCGUUCCGCAACUGGAUCUCUCGCGAGGCCGGUGCCGAGUUUCCUCCCGAAAAGGGGAGGUAUCAUCUCUACGUCAGCUACGCCUGUCCAUGGGCGCACCGCACCUUGAUCGCCAGAAAACUCAAGGGUCUCGAGGACAUUAUUUCCUUCUCCGUGGUGCACUGGCAUCUGGAGCAGAAGGGGUGGCGAUUUGCCACCAAGGAGGACAACGACGUCCCCGGCGAGAACGUGAUUCCCGAUCCCCUUCACGAGGGCUUUACGCAUAUCCGGGACGUGUACUUUGAGUCGAACAAGGACUACACUGGACGAUUUACCGUUCCGGUGCUGUAUGACAAGAAGACGAAGCAGAUUGUCAACAAUGAGAGCAGCGAGAUUAUCCGGAUGCUGGGAACCGAGUUUGACGACUUGAUUGGAGAAAAGUACCGCUCCAUUGUCCUCUACCCGGAGAGCCUCAAGAGCCAGAUCGAAGAGACCAACGAGUGGACGUACGACCUCAUCAACAACGGCGUCUACAGGGCCGGCUUCGCCACCAGCUCGCAAGCCUACGAGACGGCCGUCGUCGCCCUGUUUGAGGCUCUCGACCGCGCAGAGAAGCAUCUCGCCUCGCAGACCGAAGGGCCAUACUACUUUGGCAAGGACAUCACCGAGGCCGACAUCCGGCUGUACGUGACGCUGGUGCGCUUCGACCCCGUCUACGUGCAGCACUUCAAGUGCAACAUCCGCGACAUUCGCAGCGGGUAUCCUCGCCUGCACCGGUGGAUGCGCAACCUGUACUGGAGCCUGCCGGCGUUCAAGGACACGACGCAGUUCGACCACAUCAAGUGGCAUUACACGCGCAGCCAUACGCAGAUCAACCCGUUCAGCAUCACGCCUGUCGGGCCGCUGCCGCACAUUUUGCCGCUGGAGGAGGAGGUGCCGGCGGUGGUGGCGAGAGUGUAG